AUGUCGGUCUUGUGUGAGGAGAAGCGGCAGAAGCAGAGGAGGAUCUCAGCAAAGGUCUUGACAUCUGCAGAGGUGGAAGUCCAGAGGAGCUGUGAUGGAAAGAAGUGCGGAGACCGAUGGAACCUGUCCAAGGAGAAACGUCCAGCCCAGUGCUUCUGGUUCCCUCAGAUCCUGUCUCCAAAAGUUUGUGACCCUUUUCCCAGAAGGGUCAGUAAACACACCGCUGCGGGGAGCCACGUCCAGCUGGUCAGUUUGGGGCGGUUGUGUCGACUGAUGAUGGUGCACGAGCUAAAGGAGCCGAGGACGGCGUCUGCUGUGCCCAGAGCCCCGGCUCAUGUUAUUGGACCUUUUGACUUGGGCGAUUGUUCCUCAGCAGAGUCUCGUUUUCUCUUCAGGCUCAGAGGAAUGAAGCAGGGCCGUCAGUGUGGAGCUGCUCAGAUCUGCUCCGAAGAGCCCGAAGAGUCUGAAGAGUCUGCUGCUUUCACCUUUGACCCCCGACCCGACACCGACACCGACACCAUGCUCCACAGGUGCGUUGCCGUGGUGAUGUUACUUUCUCUCGUCUCGGUGGUUUUUUCGGCUCCACUUCCAGACGAUCCUCCGUCAGACGACAAAGCCCCCACGUCUGGCCCCGCCCCCACAGACAGCUCCGACUCUGGAGAAACAACGGAAGCUCCGUCUGCAGAGACCAGCACUGACCAAACAGGUUCUGAUGGAUCAGAAGUUCCUGGAACUGAAAGUCCUGACUCCAACUCUGCUCCGCAGAGCUCGAUAGACGACUCUGAGUCUGAACCUAAUCAGGAGUCCAGUCUGGAUCAAGGACCAAGCUCUGAAACAGACUCUGAGUUGAAAUCUGAAGGAGGAGACGACAAGAGUGAAAAGGAAGACCUGCAAGAUAAUUCAACUUCUGCUCCUGAAAACAGCCCAAGCCAAGAGGAGGAGGGUGCAGAGGAGGAGGGUGCAGAGGAGGAGGGUGCAGAGGAGGAGGGUGCAGAGGAGGAGGCUACAGAGGAGGAGGCUACAGAGGAGGAGGCUACAGAGGAGGAUGUUGCAGAUGAGGAUGUUGCAGACAAGGGGGAUGUGGACUCAAUGGGUGCAGAGGAGAAGAGUUUAGAGGAGAAGGGUGCAGACUCAGAGGAAACAGAGGAGGAUACAAAGGAGGAAAGUGUAGAGGGGGACGCAGAGGAGGAGGAGGGUGCAGACUCCCUGAGUGCAGAGGUGGUUGAGGGCACAGAUGUGGACAGUCAAGAGAAGGACUCAGAGGAGGCCAAAGUACUUUUGGAGGGCUUUCAGGUCAGUGAAAGUACAGAGGAGAGUGUAGAGGAUUCAGAAGACAAAAGCUCAGAGAGUUCAGAGACAGACAGUGAUGGAGACACAGAGGAUGACGCGGAGGAUGAAUCUGAAGAGUCUCAAAGCAAGGAGAUGACAGAAACAGGUGAAGAGAACAUUUCUGCGUCUGAGACCGACACCGAUGUCGACAGCGCUGCUGAGAAACAUGACUCUGAGCCAGAGUCCAAUGAAGAUGAUGAAGAUGAAGAUGAUGAGAUGGUGCUGCCUGAGGAGGAUGAAGAGCAUGAAAUCGAUUCAGAUUCUGAGGAGCAAACCAGCGACGAAGAGGCAACAGAGUCAGAGGACAUGACGGUCGAAGAGAGGGAGGAAGAAGAAAAGGAACAGGGAGAGGAGCCAGCGACAACUCAAACGACUGAAGACGUCACCUCAGACACUUCAGACAUGGAGACGAACGACGGAGACCAAAAAGAUCCAGACCUGUUUGACCACAGUCUGGAGUCCACAGAAGCAACACCCAGGGACGACGACUCUGCCACUGCCGUCACUGAGGCGAUGGCGUAGAAGAGGCUCAACAGGAGGGCGUUCCACUGGCCAGCGGUGAGCUGUGAUUGGUCUGUUCAUCGACCAGCAGCUCUCUGAUUGGUCAAAGCGUGGUGUUGUUGGCUGGCUGUAAAUGUUUGUUAGUUUCUCUAAAGAAAUGUGUCUAAAAUUAUAAAUAAAUACCUGCUGUGCAUCCGACUGGUGUCUGUUUAAAUAUGUGUCUAUAUCUGUGAUAAUAAAG